AUGGACGGUCGCUCGGUCGAUCCAAAUCCACCGCCAGAUCCGCAUGCUGUGCUCCAGCAGCUCAUAAGGCAGGCCGAAGCGCGCUCAUCCUCGCCGCCUUCCCAUCGAGACAAAGACGAUCACAACGAUGACGCAUCAUCAUCCAGCGAUGCAACCUCGCCACAGGCAUCCGAAGAGACCGUACCUGGCCUGCUGCCCUACGAGCAUAUCUCGGCCAUCAUAGCCUCGCUCUCGGCCGAUCGACGCGAGCUCACCACUCUGCUCCGCCAACGCAAGCUGCUCCACACCGCACACAAGCGCAACACGGCGCAUCAGCACUCGCUCGAACGCUCACUCAACCUCCUCGCCAAGACGCGCGACGAGCUCAAAUCCGCGCUCGGCUCGCUCGACGUCGCCGACAUUGUGGAUGCAGAAGAUCAGUCGCUCGAAGUCAUUCGCACACACCGGCUCGCCGAGGACGCUGCAGCCAGCUGCCCUCUACCCCCAGCAGCCGUGCAGCAAAUCCCGCUACUCCGUCUGCAGUCCAUCGAGCGCGCCGAGUUCGACAACGCGCUCGCUUCCAGAAUGUGGAUCGACAUGGAGGACCACCAGAUCCGCGCCGCCGUCAAAGCAUCCGCGCUCAAGGCGCACACCAUCGAGCUCAGCACCGAUCCCAAUUUCCACGGCGACCCACUCGCAGCAGCAGCCAGUCUCGACGACGAUACCGUGUUUCGCCUCGCAGAACAGAUCGAGCACUCGGCUCAAACUGCCUCUUCGCGUGGUUUGACAGCAAACGGGCUCGACUGGGCCACCAUCGCCGGUCGAGUAGAUGGGCGCACCAUCGACGAGGUGCGCACCCGAUGGAACGGCCACCUCCGUCCAGGCGUCAAUAACGCACCGUGGUCGAAGGAAGAACUCGACCAACUCAUCAGUAUCGUCAUGCCGCACUUGAGCGCCUACCUGAGCCGAAACAAAGACCCGGACUCUGGCGUCUCGACACAAGCACAACCACAGCACGAGCUGCCCGUCCCAUGGCAGGCAGUGACAGAUCAGCUUCGCACGGCUCGCACCGCCUAUUCCUGCUUCGCUGCAUUCUGCGAGGCGUUGGUGGCUCGCGAUCAACCCGACGUGGAGCCAGUGGAAGACGAGGAGAGCAAGUUGCUCUUCAGCCUCUUCCGCGGCGCCUGGCGGCUCAUGACGCUGCACAGCACUGCCACUCCGAACGUGUCCCCCUCGGCCUUGCUUCCCUCCACGGCUUCGGGAUCCGACAACAAGGCGGGCGCGUCGUCUCGCACGGCGUCGAUCUUGGGCAGCGUGGCACGGCAUCCUCAAUACGCCUAUCGGCGAUUCCGCAACACCACCGAUCCCGCCAUGGCCACGGGCAAGUGGUUACCGCACGAAGACCUGCUUCUUAUCGAGGCAGUGCGUCUGCUCGGCCAGGACAAUUGGGGUCCCGUGGCAGCACGUGUGCCCGGUCGCACCACACACCAGUGCCGCGAACGCUGGGUGCGCAGGCUCAAGCAGCUCGUAGCCUCCGCCGACACCGCAGCGUCCACCCACACCCACGCUGGACCAAGUACAACCACCGCAGUCCACGCGCAAUUCGACGUUACGCAGCUCAAGGAGCUGCUGGGAAAGACGCGCAAGGUCCAGUGGACACCGGAGAUGGACCGAGCCCUGCUGGGGUACGUCGACGCAUCGCAGGAUUACAAAAGCAAGGAUGCGUCGACGUUCGGACGGAUCGCGCAGCUCGUAGGUGCAAGCGUGGGUGUUGCGCUGUCGGAUAAGAACGUUCGCGAUCGGCUGGUGUUCUUUCGCCGUCAACGCGAUUCGGCCGUGCCCAAGACUCCAACGGCGUCCGAGACGGCCAGUGCAGCCGCUGGACCAGCGAAGCGCGCGGCCGAAGACGUUGUGACAGAUCCACGCGAAGAGGCAGAGAUGUCCAGUGGCAGUCGGGCCGGCGCUGGUGAGGCCCGUGACGAGAUGCCAGCGCGCACCACCAUCAUGCCCGGUAGCAAGCGGCAGAAGCAGCGUUUCGUCCCCCAGGAGGGCUCAACAGUAAACUACGACGAAACGGCACGACUGUAUACGCAUCGCAGUAUGGCAUCACUCUUGCGCAACGCAGCGGUGCGUCGCAGCGCACUGUGCUGUGCUGGACCUUCCAACGCCUCCCUGCCCGUCGCUACAUUCGCCACGUCGACACGCAGCCUGAUUGCGGACAACAAGACUGACGCCACGCCUGCACGGGUUCACCGUUCUACAUCCGAAGCUAGCGUUGAGGGGCAGGGUAAGACGCAGCGCGAAGCCAUCGCCUCGGCCAUGGGAGUGCUGGACACACUUGCGCGCGAUGUAGCCUCUCCACCGCCUCGCCCGACCUCGACCGAAUCCGUCUCCACUCCCUCGUCACCGGGGUUGGAAGCGGUCUACGACAGCACGGGCCCCGUCUACACACCAUCUACACUUCCGCCUCGCACGGACGCUACACUGGAAUUCCUCACGAACCUGCUCAUGAAGGCGGGUAAAAAAGCGCAAGCUCAGCGAUUCACCACGCGCACAAUGUCGAUCCUUGCGACGGUGACCAACUCGAACCCUCUGCCGCUGGUGCACGAUGCGAUCGAGCGCACCGCCCCACUGGUGAAGCUGCAGAGCAAAAAACAGGGCGGCAAAUCGUUGCAGGUGCCCGUAGCGCUCACCCAGCGCCAAAGCACGCGCAAGGCACUCACGUGGAUCAUCGAGGCCAGCAAAAAGCGUCCCGACCGCGAGAUCGAAAAGCGCCUCGCAGCCGAGUUCCUCGCCGUCAUCGAGGGCACCAGCUCCGCCAUUGCCAAGAAGGAGGAACAGCACCGAAUGGCCACUGUCAACAGAGCAAAUGCCGCCGUCCGAAUCUAG